AUGACUUCGAAAAAUCCACACCACGAAGGAAAAGAAAAAGAGUUUGACAAGAACGGAAAGAAGAUUACAAUUCCACCUGAAGAUCUCAACAUUAUUUGGGGCAGAGACAAUCGCUACUGGAAAAUACAGCCUGGUCAGGCAGAAUUAUUGCAAGUUUGUUGGCUUGAGGUGACUGGUUCCGUUCGCGGCAUUGACCCGACGAAGUCGCACAGAGUCAGUUUCAACGUAUCGUUUACUCCGGACGCAUUUGGUUGGGGGGUUUCUCCUCUCUACGUUAUGUUGAAGGCUGGAAAAGCUGGAAAAGUUAAAUGGGAAAAAGUUAAAAUAGAUACCGAGAAAACUAAGAUCACUGGAGACUCAUACCCAGUAGAAAAUAAUUCAAAUGAUAACCCAAAGCUUUAUUUUGGUUUGUAUGAAGUUUGGACUGGCAAAUGGAAAGGGGGUUUGAAAAUUCAUAACGUAAUCGUUGAAGAAGUCUAA